AUGGAAACCACUACAUCCAUUUACGACCAUGCUUCUAGUUUAUUUCCAAAUUCUGACAGCAAAAUGGCACUUUAUCAAUUGAUGUUGACACUGGAAAAGUUUGCCCGACCUAGUCUCAAAUUACAAUAUUAUUUGUCCUUUUUUGGUAUUGUUUUAACAAUUCUUCACUUUAUUAUACUGACUCGUAGAACCAUGAUGAUUUCCUCGAUAAUAUCAAUUAUGAUAGGAAUUGCUCUAUGUGAUUUUGUCGCCAUGAUAGCUACAAUUGUGUCGUCGGGCAUGUUUUUCGAUGAAGAAGGAACUGAUUGCACUCCCCCUGUGUCACUUAUUCUAUACCAAAUCUUCUGGAUAUUCGUAGUUGUCAGGGAUUUCGUACGCCGAUCUUCCACAUGGCUUGGUGUUUUUAUGGCGCUUGUCAGGCUUAUGAUGAUCAAAUUUGGAGCCGGUCUGAGAUUUCAAAAAUGUUCGAAACCCGCAUUUGGAUUUGCUGUUAUUUUUUGGUGCUUUGUCUUUAGUUCAAUGCUUUCUUCGUUUUACUAUUUUCGAUAUAAUAUUAUUGAAAAAGGGUCAUGGGGCCCAAAAGAUUACUGUACAGGCAUCCCCUUAACUACUAGUGCUACAAUUCACACUCAGGAACUAUCUCAAUUAUUUACAAUGAAUGACGAAUUUUUUGGGAAAUCAUAUAUGUUUGUGAAUGGAAUUGUUUCAAAGAUAAUUCCUUGCAUCCUUCUGCCUUUUCUAACAGUUUUGCUGAUUGUGGAACUUCAGAAGGCAGAGCAAUUACGGAAAAUUUCCAGCAUGACAAAGAGAAUUAGCUCAGAAAAAACCACUGGCCUUGUUAUCUUUAUGACUGUCUCAUUUUUUGUCCUGGAACUUCCCAUUGGAAUUUCACUAAUCUUUCAAGUGUCCUAUACCGAUUUUGGGUAUUUAUAUCUGGCCACUUAUAUCAAUCACGUUUGUAAUUCGAUUUUCAUAAUUAAUGCGACAAGCCAUGGAGUCUUGUGUUUUUUCAUGUCGACGCAGUAUAGACUGACGGUGGCUCAAAUUUUGAAAAUAAAGAACAACCAAGUCACGACAGUUCACAGUGUACAAAUGUAA